AUGGCGGCGGCGGGAAAGGGGGCCGGGAUGCGCGCCCUGACGCAGCGCCUGCUGGGGAUGGCCGGGCCUGCCCUGCUGGUGGGGUUGUUUGCGUGGCUGAUGCUCGUGGACGGUUGGGCAACGGGUUGGCCGCCGACGGGGAGCGAAGGCGAGGAGGAAGGCGAGGAGGAAGGCUCGUCGUGGAGCCAGAAAGUGAGGAGGCUGCCGCGGGAUCUGCUGCUUGUGUUCCUGCUGGGGGUGUUGUACCUGCGCUCCAAGGCGGGGCGCCUGGGGUGGUCCAGCCCCGCGGCGAGUGUGACUGAAGAGGUACCAAGGCAAGCGCACCUUACAAGCGAGUUUGAAGACUUAACAGAAGCAGAUAUCAGGAGCAUAAAACACCUUUCGAAUGGGCAUGACUGCGUCGGAGCACUGCAGUCACUCAAUGCCAGCCACACACAUAGACUGAAGAAAGCUGUGCCCGACAUCUUCUUGCUGCACCUUGGUGAGCUGAUGGGCGAGAAGUCAGCAGUAAAGGCGCUCCAGAUGCUUGGGAGAACGGGGGAAGUUGGGCAACCAUGUGCUCUGUUUGGAGAGCUUCGGGAGAAGGGCACAUGGGACAGCAAUUGGAGCAACCCUGUGGUGAAGUCCCGACAGGGCAUCACUUUUGAGACGAGCAAACGGCGCUGGAGGAAUGGGCUGUUUGUGUACAGGACGACAACUGUAUUUGAGGACUGCAGCCCAGCUCAGUUCAGAACAUUCAACAUGGACACUGCCAGUCGAAAGAGCUGGGACUGGUCUAUGGAGGAGUGGAGGAGAAUAGAGGAGGCAUCGGACAACAGCACAAAGACGGACUCAUGCUUCUACUUUCACGAGGCCCGUAUGCCAGGGCCAAUGUGCAAUAGGGUGUAUGGAUGCGCACGUCGUGUGUGGGACCAGCCUGACGGGGGAUGCUACUGGAUCACCAAGUCGGCGACCCAUCCCAGCAUUCUCGACAAGCGGCGCACUGUGAGGGUGGAUGAGUACACAUCUGGAUCUGUAAUCCGAGCCACCAAGAGCCGCCAAGGCCUGAGCACUCCUGCAGUGGAACUCACCUCUGUGUACUACGACGACCCAAAGAUGCGGCCCAUGGCCUACAACCUUGCCAUGAAGACUGCCUUUUGGGCUGCGAUGCAAGCCACAGAGCAUGCCUUCCGGAAGUUUCUGGAAGAAUCUGGUGCAGGCGAGGCAACAGACUCACAGACGCGUGGCCUGGCGGGUGGGAGGCAGAGCGGCCGUCGACGGUGGCGAAAGGUGGUGAGGGGCGUUGUUUGGGGAGGGAUUGCGUUCGUGCUGCACAAAGUUGUCAAGUAG